CAUGUCAGAUUUGAAUUUGUUAUUGGUACAAUUAUAAUUUAUUGUUUCUAAGUCAGUCUAUAGGCUGAAUUUGUAUUAUUUAUUAAUCACGCAGUGAAAUUUCCCAAAUAAUGUGAAAAGAUUAACAAAAAAAAUGUCUACAAUAGUGAUUCAACGUGAACUUGUUGUGAGAUUCAAGAAGGAAACGCUUUUGAAUAUAGGUUUACUGAGUAAGCUCCAGCCGAUGCUGCCUGAGCUUUCACGACUUGUGUUCAAGGAUAAUGCAAUGGAUAAGCCGACUCAGAAUCUAUUUAACCACCUAUCAUAUUACUUAGUGUCGAUUAUAGAUGCGCAAUUUGCCACGACCGUUUCAUGGCCUCUUUACGAUACGAAGACAGAAAGAGCGUAUCGGAAUGAAUUGUAUAGUUUUAUAAGUGAUUAUAGUAGUAAAGGUAUGCUUUCACCAGUGAUGUCUUCGUAUUUAGUGAACCCUAGUUGUUAUAAAGUGACUGUGCUAAUAUUUCAAAUGUCGCAGUUGGCUGUAAAGAAAGUUGUGUUGUUAAAAAUGCAAAAGGAUUCGCAUAGAAAGUUAUACGAGGAAAUGACAGAAAAAUAUGAAUCUAAACAAAAAGACGGUUUUCUUGAAGCCAUAAAUAAAGAGACAGAAGCAAUGCUCAGUAAGUUUUCAAACUAUUUAUGUAAACGUCGAAUUUUAGAACGAAUAGCGGAAAAGCUUCGUAAGCGAAUUCUGGAAAUGGAAGAAAAAAUAACAAAAUUUAAUGCACAGAAGUAUAUCAAUGAUUUGGUAGAUCGAUUUGUAUCACUAAAAGAUGUAGAUGAUGUCACUAAAGAAGAUCUAUUAAAGGUUAAAAAUGUGCACGAACAACCGCAAUUCUUUGAAAACUGGUUGAACUAUGUUGACUCAGAUGUAGAUAAAAUGCAAAAUGAAUGGGACGCAAAUGCAACUCCUUUCCUAAACACUAGUAAAAAUACCUCAGAAUACACAGAAGCUUUAAUUAUGAGAUACACUGGUCAAAUGGAGAGAAGUACUUAUAUGAUAGAGUAUAACCCGAAGACUGAUAAAAUUUGCACAAACGAUCUUCAAAGCCUAGUUAACAGUGAGCAAAAGUAUAUAUUGAGAAAUAUAGAAAAGGAUGGAACAUUGAGUUUUCCGAACCUAAUUCGUGCAUUUGUUAUAUCCAUUUGUUUUGUAUUGAGGAACAAUGAUGUUGGUGAUCAGAUAUAUAAAUAUAAUGACUAUUUACAAGGUGGAAGGAGUAAAUAUAAUGAAAUUAUCAGUAUGAUGAGGGUAGUUAUGGAGAGAAUAAUGAUUGCCGAGGCUAAAUUGCAGAUAAGUCCCCUGCCAGUAAACAGAUCAUUACCACUGAAAAACUACACCUGCAUACCACCAAUGCCAGAUUUAUCAGCCCUAAAAAAUAAAGACCACAUUCAAGCUCUCUUUGAUUCAUUCACUCCUCUUGCAUUUUCUAAACAAAAGUUUAACCUACGAAGGAAUGAUAACAGAAACCUCAACAGACCUUUCCCUAAAUCUCUUAUUACCCCCUUCCAUCACGCUCCAAGGGAUGACUUUAUGAGAAGCAUUAUUUCAUAUAAUAUGAACACAUAUGACCAUAUAAAUGUAAGUCGUAACAGUCACAACAUAUCAGUAAUGUCUCAAAUGAAAGCGAAUGAAACUAUUGCGGAAUGCGCUUCAGGAUUCACCAAGCAACAAAUACAGAGGCUCCUCUCGACAAAAAAGACAAGUAGCUCGAAAAAGUACAAAUAUAACACUGAAAGGCCUGAUAUUAAUAUAAAGAAAGGUGGCUUGUUUAACGAAUCAUCAUCAUCAAUCCAGAGCAACGGUCUAACAAGGAGUUAUUCUUCGCCUAAUCUAUACGAAAAUAGACCGAAGAAAGCAAUGUCUAGAGGGAAAGGUAGAAAAUUGUCUAUAAUGAAAGAAGACAGUCCAUUUGAAGUGUCUGGUAUAUCUGCUUUGGAGAAUGACAGCAAUUUUAGUACACUGGGCUUAGCGAAUGCGGAAAGUUCGAGAAAAUAUUCAAAUUCGCCAACAUUACCCACUGUUCUCAUAAGUAGCGACGUUGAAAAUAAAAUCAAUACCGUCCUCAAGGUAUUAGACUCGAGCAAAGAGACUGAAACAAGCACUUUUUCAAACACAACAAACCAUAAGAGCAUGGAAUCGCAGAAGACUGACACGCCAAAAACUAGCAUGCAAUUAAUAAAGAAAACCAGUUCUAUAGAAAAGAUUAUAAAUCGUUUCAAGAAAGUGCGUGCCAGUGUGAUGCCUGAGAAAGAAGAUAUAAUCACAAUACGAGAAGAGAAAGAGAAACACGAAAAAACAGAUCACUUGAUAAGUAGAGUGCUUCUGCCGGAUUUAUUGAGCCCUAGUUGUCCACAGUUAAACGGAAAUUCAGAUUUUCUCGACCAAAUGCUGAUGGAUGAUAAAGUUUAUAGAAAACCUAGAGAGAGCCUCGGCACGGCUUUGGGUGUGGACCAAACAUUUUUAGAUCAAUUUGAUUUAAUAGACUGAUAUUUAUUGAGCAUAAUUAAUAAUUAUAGUAAUUAGUUUAGCUGUCUGGUUACAGUGGGGGCCUGUUUUAUGAUGUAGGUAUGAAAAUAACUUAGAUAGUUAAUGUAUGAAUUUCUCAUGAUAAAAUUUUAAAACUACUAAAAUUGAUUUCAAAAUUUGAUUAAUUCCUAAUAUGAUAUGAGUGUGGUUAAAGUGUUGGGUUCCAUAUUAUAUAUGAUGUUAAUUGAAUACACUCAAAUUUGCAUUAUGUAAAAAUUCAUACAAAAUAUAAAUCUUUCAUUAUACAAGAUACAUUUUUUCUUCUAAGUUAUGUUAUAGAUAGUUGUAAAACAAGUUCUUUAUCUUUAACAAUUGUGCUAUUUUAAUAUAGGUUAAUAUUAUUUCUAUUAAUAAUUAAAAAUAA